AACACGUAGUGUAGUAAACUGGAAGCCACCCUCACACAUCCUUCCAUCCUUAACUUGACAAUCACAUGCUGUUGUGAUUAAGUAGAGGCCACCCUCACAUAUACUUCCUAACCUUACCCUGACAAUCACGCGCUGUUGUGAUUAAGUAGAGGCCACCCUCACAUAUACUUCCUAACCUUACCCUGACAAUCACGCGCUGUUGUGGUAAAGUAGAGGCCACCCCCACAUAUACUUCCUAACCUUACCCUGACAAACAAGUACUGUACUGCUGUUGUGGUACAGUAGAGGCCACCCCCACAUAUACUUCCUAACCUUACCCUGAUAAACACGUGAUGUAGUAAACUGGAGGCCGCCCUUACAUAUCCUUCCAAACUUACCCUAACAAACACGUGACUCCUGUGGUAAAUAGAGAAAAAGUUGUUAAAUAAUUUAUAUAUGCGCUCAGAUUAUACAGAAGAUCAGAAUUGUGUUGAAAAGUUAAACGUUUGUACAAAAUCUUAAGCUACAACUCGAUAUCAGCGUUCAUUUUGCUCGAAUUAUACCGCUAAUUCCGAAGCUCCUACUUUAUAGCGUCAAUUUUAUUAAGCGCAAAAAAACAUGAACAUAAUAUAUAAAAUAAGAUAGAUAGUGACAAGUAGUAUCAAUAAAAUCAAACAGGGAGUCAUAACAUUAGGUACCAUGAAAGAUGAUCGAGAAAGUCUGGCGAGCUCAGCCGGAGGAAAGAGUUUACGUGCAACGCAAUCCGCGCCUCCUGAGGACACCAGCGAUGGAACCAAAGAGAUAUGGGGAGCCCGCCACACGUUCGCGUUCAUGGGCUUCCUGGGGUUCGCUGUGAUCUACGCAAUGCGCGUGAACCUUUCCGUCGCCAUCGUCGCGAUGGUCGCCAAGAACGUGACCACGAACACCAACGUCACCGACGAUGACCUCGCCUGCCCCUUGCCCGACGACUACGGACAGGACGAUGGCUAUAGCCAGCCAGGCGAGUUUGAUUGGGACGAGAAGACGCAGGGUCUGAUCCUGGGUUCGUUCUACUACGGCUACGCGUGCACCAACCUGCUGUCGGGCAUCGCUGCUGAGCGCUUCGGGGGCAGGCUGGUGGGAGGUGUGGGCAUAUUGCUGACGUCGGUGCUGACUUUGCUCACGCCUUGGGCGGCCAGAACUUCUGAUGGUCUUUUCAUCGCUCUCAGAAUACUGGAGGGAAUGACUUCGGCAACGAGCUUUCCUUCAGCCAACUCACUGAUCGCAGCUUGGGUGCUGCCAGAAGAGAGAUCAAAAUAUUCAUCCUUCAUCUAUGCAGGAGUGCAGUUCGGCACAGUGGUGACGCUGGCAGCCAGCGGAUUCAUGUGCAACUCAUCGUUCCUGGGCGGCUGGCCUUCGGUGUUCUACGUGUUCGGCAGUCUGGGCGUCGUCUGGUCCGUGUUUUGGUUCCCUCUGGUCUACGACAACCCAGCGCAACAUCCCAGGAUAUCCAAACACGAGCUGGAAUACCUCAAGCCUAUUGCGCAACUCAAAACUUCCAUUUCAACAAAAAAAACUCCAUGGAAAUCCAUAUGGACGAGCAAACCUGUGUGGUCGAUUAUUGUGGUACACUUCGGAUUCAAUUGGGCCUUCUACACCUUACUCACCGAGCUCCCUACCUACCUGGACAGGAUCCAACACUUCAACCUCAGCAGUAACGGCCUGCUCUCCGCUUUGCCGUACGCCAUCAUGUACGUUUACAGUUUGUUCCAUAGUCUCCUCAUGGAUCACUUCACAAAAAACAAAACGAUUCGUAUCUUGAACGUUCGCAGACUCUCUAUGGCAGUUGCGUGCUUUGUACCGAUGCUGGCGCUGAUCGGAAUGUGCUUCGUGGGUUGCCACCGCACCCUUGCCAUCGUCAUCCUGUGCAUCGCAGUAGGCGCGUGUGGCGCUUGCUACUCGGGACACUUUUGUUCACACGUGGACCUGGCACCUUGCUACGCCGGUACUCUCAUAGGACUCACUGGCACCUUCGCUACCAUCCCAGGCUUCGUCUCCCCAGCUGUAACUGGGGCCAUUACCAAGGAUAACCAAACGCUGGCAGCCUGGCAGACGGUGUUCCUGAUUUCGGCGGUAAUUACUGGAGCUCCGGCACUGAUUUAUAUCCUGACCAUCAGCGCUGACACCCAACCUUGGAACUACGCAGAAGAACUAGGCUUUUGAGGACCGCAGAAAAUCUUCAGUGAUAUUUACUGAAAAACUGGAGCAGUUGGAUGCAUCCUUGGCAGAAACGAAACCCCGUCGACGGUCAUCAACUGUAACAAAGUUUUGAUUUUGUUUCGAUUUAAAACGAAACAAACUUAUCUUCCAGCGGCUGCUAUUAGUUACUGUGAUGAUUCUAGAACUCACAGUCAUUUCAGAUAAGCUAAAAAUUGACUUCAAACUGACAACUAACCCAAUAUAUUUUGCAAAAAUCUACACGAUGAAUUGUUCAAUGUUCAUGUGAUUCACUAAUGCAUAUAAGAUUAUUUUCAAGUUGCAGGCGUCAGGCUCCGAGAGCAACAGCUAGGCAAGCGUAGAGCACGAGGAGAUCGUCUCAUAAUCGUCAGAGGCAGCAGUUCGCACGCUGAGUCAUGGCUUUUCAAAAAGGUCUUGAGCCUU